UAAAAUUAGAUUAAGUUUUGUUCAAUUGACAUUACUGUCGUCUCUUGGCAGUGAAAUUUCGAUUUCAAACUAAUGGGAGCUAAUUAAUUCAAAAAUAGAUUAAAUUUUAUGAAAAUAAGAUCUUUACAUCAGUGGAUAAAAGAAAAGAAAAAACUUUAGUUUUGGAUCUUAGCUGGACUACUUGAGGAGGCUAUCAGCCAAUAAGAACUGGACACGCAAAUCAACGCAGCAUAGAAUCCUCCUAGGAAAAAAGCACUCCAAGAGCAAAGAGUAUAUAAUAUAUAAAGAAGCGAUCCUCAAUUUCAUGAAUUCCGCAACCAAAAAACCCUUCUCUUUCCCUUUGUGCCUGCAAUAUCGAGAGAAGACAAUUUUUAAUUCAGGGAUUUGCUGGUGCAAGGACAAUAUCACAGGAUUAUGUGAAGGUAUUUAAGAAUAAUUGCAUCUUGUUUCAAAUACCCAGAUGGGAGAAACUCCAGAAAACCAGGGCUUCAGGUCUAUUAAGAGAAUCUCUGAGCCAUAUUUCUUGAAGAGGGCAUUGAGGGGAGAAGAAUUUGGUGAUGAUUUUAGCAUCGACAAGCUUUUGUUUGUAGCAAUUCAUGCUGUUCUCUUAGAAUCUGGAUUUGUUGGGUUUGAUUCAGUAUCCGGAUUGCGAGUUGAUCUCUUCCAUAUUCUACAAGAGCAGCAGCCUUUGAAGAGUUUCACCACAUCAGUUAGCUAUACUCUUCCUGAACUUUUAGAUAAUGAUAAUGUUAUUGAUUCAGUUGCUUUGAAGUUUCGGACUUUGGGGCAUUUUGUAAUUGUUUAUGGAUCUAUGGUCGGUGGUAAGUCACUGGUGCAUAAAUUACGCUUGGAUAAAUGUGAAUUUGUGCCAGCUAUCGGUUCAAUCUGGUCUCCAUGGGACGAGAAUGAUCCUAUGUACGAGAAUGACUCCUAUACUGAAAACCUUGUUUCAGAGCUGUGGAGAAUUGUGAAGGAUCAGCUUGCUUUCCCACUGUUAAUAGAUCUUUGUGUUAAGACUGGUUUGCUUCUUCCACCAUGUUUUAUGAGUUUACCACCAGAGCUGAAGUUCAAGAUUUUGGAGUCGCUUCCUGGUCUUGAUAUUGCAAGAAUGGCUUGUGUUUGUAAAGACAUGCGACAUUUGUCUUCAGACAAUAAUUUGUGGCGAAAAAAAGUUGGUGAGGAAUUUGGAGCUGCCUCAGGAGUAAGGCGGAUUACAAAUUGGAAAAAACAGUUUGCUUCAAGUCUGGCCGAUAAGAAGAAGCCGAAGACCUUGGGAUCCUAUACGCCCAGGUAUAACAUACCAAACGAACCUUAUCCAAUUGGCUUUCCUCGUCAUCUUCGUCAUUAUCCAUUAGCCAUUCCUCCUCAUCAUCGUCGUCACCCUCAUCAUCAUCAUCAUCAACAUCAAUUUGGAGGUGGUGGUGGGAUAAUCGAUGAGUACUGGCUGCCAGGACCAUUUCCUCCUCAACUUCUGAUGCAGCAAAAUUUUCCCUCUAGCUAUAAUGUUGUAGGAUUCAUGAAUGCUUGGCCUUGACAAUUCAGGGUUUCCUUCAUCAUGGCUGAAUAUGUUAUGGUGGCUUCCAUGUGCAUCUGUUAAAUUUUAUUUUGAAAAAAGAAACUCUGAAGUCUGAUUUCAGGUUUAUAUGUUUAUGUUAAAUUUUAUAAAUGAUUUUCCUUUUUGGCUUGUCAA